AAUAUCAACCUGCUGCUGGCUUCGUUCUCCGACGAGGAGGUCAUUUUGGCAUCCAGCACGCCGAAGAAGCGAGCGGGGAGGAGAGUUUUCAACGAGACAAGGCACCCGGUUUACAGAGGAGCGAGGAGGAGGAACAACGACAAGUGGGUGUGCGAAAUGAGAGAACCAAACAAGAAGAAGUCGAGGAUAUGGCUCGGAACUUAUCCAACUGCAGAGAUGGCAGCUCGGGUGCAUGACGUGGCAGCAUUGGCCUUUAGAGGGAGGCUUGCCUGCCUCAAUUUUGCAGACUUCGCAUGGCGCCUGCCUGUUCCGGCUUCCAUUGAUUCAGUGGAUGUCAGGCGGGCGGCCGAGGAGGCUGCAGAGACAUUCAGGCCAGCUGAGUUUGGCGGAGUGUCGGAAAGUGGGGAUGAUGAGAAGGAGAGCAAGAAAAUGGAGGGGGAGAAGGAUUGUGGAGGUGCGGAGCAAAGUGGCAGCUCGUUUUACUUGGAUGAGGAGGAAAUGUUCGCCAUGCCAAAGUUGCUUGAUAGUAUGGCCGAAGGGCUUCUGCUCUCUACACGUCGCCGUCCAGGUGGCAACAUGAAUUGGGAUGAUAUGGGAAGCAAUGAUGACGUCAAUCUGUGGAGCUUCUCAAAGCAAUAGAUAUUUACACAGGUCUAUCCAUCAUCCCGAAGGAUACUUUCCGUUUAUUUUUAAGAAACUAAUGAAAAUGAU